ACGAAAAAGAAAACCCUCCCAGCUGAGGUCUCUCCCUUUAGAGGCGCAGCGGUGAGUCGCCGGGAAAGGAUGAUGUUUUCGCAUCGGUCCACAGAGACAUCUGUGUUUCUGUUUUGACGGGUAAAAGAAGACGCUGCCUUUACAUUAAGCGGAUUUGCUGGAUGAUAGCUUUAAUUUCUGUGCGUCUCGAUGAUUUUCUGGCCCAUAUGGAGCUGAAACUGCUCAAUUUCAAGGACGCGCACUGGAUCCUUUUUUUAUCCGGCGAAUGAUUGAUUUAAAAGAACUGGAUUACGACAUCCGCUGUCGUGUUUGAUUAAAUAAUAAUAAAAGAAUCGAUGAGAAAUAGAAUAGAAUGAAUAGCUGAUUUGCGGCGCAUGGCGCAGGCUGCUGUAGGGAUGUGAUGUGACAGGGAUCUCCGGUUUCUCGCUCCGCUGCCUCCUCAUACAGUCGCUCAUGAUGCCCAGAGCUUUGCGGAGGCUGGUCCAUUUGAUGCUGUUCUGCCCUUUAUCAAAAGGAUUGCAGAGUCGCCUCCCAGCCAUUAAGGUGAAGUACCUUCUCCUGGCUUGGCUGGGCAUCCUCAUCAUCAGCUGGAUCGUCUACAUGCAGUAUGCUUCUUAUGCUGAACUCUGCCGUGGGCAUGUCUGCCACAUGGUCAUUUGUGAUCACUACAGGAGGGGUAUAAUAUCAGGCUCUUCAUGCAAGGCAUUGUGCGAUCAGAGAUCUCUGACCUUGCACCGCUGCAUGUCCACCUCCCCCACGCAUCAGGUUUACAUUGGGCUAUGGAAGGAGAGGCCUGUGGUGAUCAAAUGUGGCAUUGAAAAUCCACUGAACACUGAUGGAGCUCCAGACUCUGUCCUGCCACAGGAGAUUACUUUAUUUGACAAACCGACCCGUGGAACCUCUAUGGAUGAAUUUAAAGAGAUGCUGCACAGUUUCCUCAAGGCUAACCUUGGUGAACAGCCAUCUUUGAGCACUUUGGUAGACAGGGUUAUUACUCUGGCUGAUGUCAAUCAGGACAGCAAAGUGUCCCUUGCAGAGGCCAAGUCCAUCUGGGCUCUUCUCCACAUCAAUGAAUUCCUACUGAUGGUGGCGCUGCAGGAAAAGGAGCACACCCCCAAGCUGUUAGGCUUCUGUGGAGACUUAUAUGUGACAGAACGUGUGAGUCACAGCUCCCUCUACAGCCUUGAGGUGCCUCAUUAUCUUAAGCCCAUCAUCCCAGAGGCCUUAAGCUCCAGCUUGAACCACUGGCUGGCACCAGCGUGGCCCCGCAGAGCUCGCAUCACCAUCGGCCUGCUGGAGUUUGUGGAAGAGGUCUUCCACGGUUCGUAUGGGAGUUUCCUAAUAUGUGAUGCCAGCCCUCACCACGUGGGCUACAAUGCAAAAUACGACUGCAAGAUGGCCAACCUGCGCAGUGUGGCGUCAGAAGCUGUGGUGCGGGCUUUCUUGAAGGGACGGCGAUGCGAGACCAAUUCAGACUGCACUUACGGCCGGGACUGCACAGCCACAUGCGAUCGACUGGUGAAGCAGUGUAACACUGAGGUCAUGCAGCCUAAUCUUGCAAAAGUGUGUGUGCUGUUGCAGGAUUUCCUGCUUUUUGGAGCACCUUCAGACCUGCGUGGGGAUCUGGAGAAGCAGCUACGCACCUGUGUGACACUCAGCGGUUUGGCAAGUCAGAUGGAGGUCCACCACUCAUUAGUUCUUAACAACCUGAAGACAUUACUGUGGAAGAAAAUUUCUAACACACAAUACUCCUGAAAUGUGGCUGAAGAUGAGCAGUUUUUAAUGAUGAAACUUUAUCAUAUGCUUUGAGGUUUGGUUAUUCAUGUAUUUUUCCUCUUACAGUUACCGCAAAUAUAACAAGAUACUGUGAACUACUGAACACACAAUGUGAAACAAGAUGAAGCAGGCUUGAAACCUUAUAUAGCCCCAAUCAUGGUUUCUUAUUUUCAAUGCGUUACAUGAAGAAGUUUAUGUGUUUGCACACAAUAUUCUCAGGACACUGCCUGUAACAUCAUUUGUUAAAUUCUGUAUGUAAAAUAAUUUUUGAAAUAAAGAAACCAGCAUA